UUUCGGAGCCUGGCAACAUCUCUGUUGGCGGUGCCAGGUGUGUUCAAACCUGUAGCAAACAAACGCUCGCAGAUGUCUGUCCGCUCAGUCAUCAUGGGCUGGAUCCUAACUGCAUAAACCGCCUCCUGGUGAUCGCUGCCGCACGUCUAUUUCCAGCCUGCCCACAGGUAUGAGGGAUUUCUCUUUGACGCACCACAUUUUAGCGACAGACACUCCAAAAUCGACCGCUGAGUGAGUAAAAUACGCUCUGUUUACGUUGUGUUUCGACUGCUUGUCGUCGGGAGGAUCCUCCAGAGACGAGGGGAAGCGCGAAUAUGGCCCCACAGAGCAGAAAACGCCAAGUGUUCGAAUUUUAGACCCAUCUUAUCGCUUUCUAUUCUCCUGUUUUACGCACAAGGAGUGCUUGGAUUUAUUGCAGCCAAGGCAACUGCGCGCACACCAGAGGAGUGUAUGCCCGUGGGAUGACAGAUCUCAGCGGCAGAUUCACGCGUGAAGAGCAGCCUCUUACAUGUCAGGAAGAUGAAAUCCCCAGCAGGUCGGGAGAAGAACUCAGGAGGGUUUAUUAGGCCGCGUCACUCCGCGUUUAUCUAACAACAGCAAAACCAAGGCGACUGUAAAGCAGUGAGCUUGUAUAGUUGUUCCAAAAAAAGGGAGUAACCAUGUCCAGGACACUGAAGAAGAAGAAACACUGGUCCAGUAAAGUGGUGGAGUGCGCGGUGUCAUGGGGAAACCUGGGCGAUUUUGGCUCUGUAGUGGAGGUCCUUGGGGGAGCAGAGCUGGGUCAGUUUCCCUACCUGGGCCAGAUGAAGCUGGACGUGCUGGUGUGUCACGUCGGGAAGCUGCCCUACUACGGAGACGUUUUGCUGGAGGUGAACGGGACCCCCGUGAGUGGACUUACUAACCGGGACACCCUGGCUGUCAUCCGCCACUUUCGGGAGCCAAUUCGCUUGAAGACUGUGAAACCAGGUAAAGUAUUGAACACGGACCUGCGCCACUACCUCAGUCUGCAGUUUCAGAAGGGCUCGCUGGACCACAAACUUCAGCAGGUCAUACGGGACAACCUCUACCUACGCACCAUCCCCUGUACCACAAGGCUUCCUCGAGACGGGGAGGUGCCAGGAGUGGACUACAACUUUAUCAGCGUGGGAGACUUCAGGAUCUUGGAGGAGAGCGGACUUCUCCUGGAGAGUGGCACCUAUGAUGGUAACUACUAUGGGACCCCAAAGCCUCCAGCGGAGCCUAACCUGGUGCAGCCUGACCUGGUGGAUCAGGUGCUGUUUGAUGAAGACUUCGGUGGUGAGGUUCCCAGGAAGCGUACCACCUCGGUCAGUAAGAUGGACAGGAAGGACAGCGCGGUCCCUGAGGAGGAAGACGAUGAUGAGAGGCCACCGCUGGUCAAUGGAUUGCCUGAGCCCAAAGAGGGGGCGGACUGGAGGAAAGCGGUGCCCAGCUACACCCAGUCCAGCAGCACCAUGGACUUCCGCACGUGGAGCUCUCUGCCCCGUGAUGACAGCCUGGAGCCUCUGCCCCUCAACUGGGAGAUGGCUUACACUGAGACCGGCAUGGUGUACUUCAUAGAUCACAACACCAAGGUGACCACGUGGUUGGACCCCCGCCUGGCCAAGAAGGCGAAGCCCCCAGAGAAGUGUGAAGAUGGAGAGUUACCUUACGGCUGGGAGGAGAUAGACGAUCCACAGUACGGCACGUACUAUGUCGACCACAUCAACCAGAAAACCCAGUUUGAGAACCCGGUCCUGGAGGCAAAGAAGAAGCUGAGCCAGGAGACGGCUGCGAUCCAACAAGCCGCUGCAGCACCUUCCCAAGGUAAGGGAGGUGCAUCCGGCUUCACCUCUGACCCCAGCCAGCUGAAGGGUGAGAUGUACCACACAGCACUGAAGAAGAGCUCACAGGGGUUUGGAUUCACCAUCAUUGGAGGCGACCGCACCGAUGAGUUCCUGCAGGUGAAAAACGUGCUGGGCGACGGCCCGGCGGCCAACGACAACAAGAUGGCGUCUGGUGAUGUGAUUGUUGAGAUAAACGGGGUGUCCGUGCUUGGGAAAACUCAUCCAGAGGUGGUGCAGAUGUUCCAGUCCAUCCCCAUCAACCAGUACGUGGACAUGGUCCUCUGCCGUGGUUACCAGCUUCCUCCAGACGUGGACCUGGACAGCGACGACCCUCUUCCUCCUCCUCCACCUCCUCCAGCCUCCCAGCCCCAACAGGCCCUGCACGGCGGUGAGGUGGUGACAGCAGUGCCGCUCAUCAACGGGCAGCCGCUGCUCGUGAAAGGAGACGUGCUGCACGGUUCCUCGCAGGAGCUCCACUACGUCACGACUGAUGCCAGCGGCCGACCAGUGGUGGCAGCGAUGCCGAAUGGGCGGCAGGGCGGGGAGGUGGUGGCAGGGAUGCUUCAGCCUGAGUUGGUGAGCGUGCCGCUGGUCAAAGGGCCCGGAGGAUUUGGGUUUGCCAUCGCUGACUGCCCGCUGGGCCAGAAGGUGAAGAUGAUCCUGGAUGCCCAGUGGUGCCGCGGUCUGCAGAAAGGUGAUGUCAUCAAGGAGAUCAACAGGCAGAAUGUGCAAACUCUGAGCCAUGCACAGGUGGUGGACAUCCUCAAAGACCUAUCUGUGGGCAGCGAGGUCAACGUGCUGGUGCUGAGAGGAGGUCAAACAUCCCCCGUGAAGAGUCUAAAGCCUAGACAGGAAAUGACGGCCAGUACAGAAACUUUGGAUGACAUCAUAGACUCCGCCCCCCAGGCUCUGCCCUACCACUCCAACACGAGCACCCUGCGCGCCACUGAAUCGCCCAAACGAGACGCCACUGAGUUAUACCUGAAGUCCAAAGCCCUGCUGGACAGCAGACAGCCUCACACCAAAGACAUCGACGUUUUUCUAAAGAGAGACAUUGAAACAGGUUUUGGCUUCCGCGUUCUGGGAGGAGAAGGUCCACAGCAACCAAAUGUCUUCCCACAGGUGUACAUCGGGGCCAUUGUGCCCAAUGGUGCGGCUGAGAAGGACGGCCGUCUGAGAGCAGGAGACGAGCUCAUCGGCAUCGACGGCGUGAUGGUUAAAGGUCGCUCACACAAGCAAGUGCUGGAUCUGAUGACCAACGCGGCCCGUAACGGUCAGGUUAUGUUGACUGUGCGCAGGAAGGUCAUCUACAGAGACGCCACAGAGGAUGAGUUUCAGGAAAUGGCUCCAGUGCUGGUGAACGGUUCCCCAAAGCUACCUCGCAUACCGAUGCCCUGCGCUCUGGACCACGAGUCCUUCGACAUCACACUCCACCGCAAAGACACAGAGGGCUUCGGCUUCGUCAUCCUCACCUCCAAGAGUAAACCGCCGCUCGGAGUUAUUCCGCACAAAAUCGGUCGAAUCAUUGAAGGCAGUCCCACCGAUCGCUGCGGCCUGCUGCACGUCGGAGAUCGUAUCUCAGCGGUCAACGGGCGCUCGAUCAUCGAGCUCUCUCACAACGACAUAGUCCAGCUGAUCAAAGAUGCGGGCAGCGUCGUCACCCUCACUGUGGUUCCAGAGGACGAAUACAAAGGCCCUCCAUCUGGAGCCAGUUCAGCCAAACAGAGUCCAGCUCUUCAGCACAGAGCCAUGGGGCAAAGGUCAGCGCUACAGGAUGAACGUUACAACCUGGACAUGGAGGAGAAAAGAGAGGGAGUCAACCGGUCCGACCACAAAAGUCUCUCACUGAGCGAGCAGGGGACGCUCUGUGUGACAGGACCCAACCAGGGUUGUCUGACAGUGGAGUUGGAGAGGGGACCCAGAGGCUUUGGCUUCAGUCUGCGAGGAGGGACAGAGUACAACAUGGGUCUGUACAUCCUGAGACUGGCCGAGGACGGACCUGCUCAGCUGGAUGGACGGAUUCACGUUGGAGAUGAGAUAGUGGAGAUAAACGGCGAGCCAGCACGAGGUAUCUCCCACACACGGGCCAUUGACCUGAUCCAGGCCGGAGGAAACAAAGUGGUUCUGCUGCUGAGACCUGGGGCCGGUCUGGCUCAAGAUGGCAGUAGUACAUCUUCCUCUACUGUGUGCUACUACACUGAGCACCAACACUAACAUCUUCACUGCUUUUUAGUGGCCUCUUCUCUUUUACCUUGGUCAACAUGAUCAAAAAUUCAUUUCACCUUCAAGCUGUUCCGGGGAGGUGUUUUUCUCUGACACAUCAUCCCCAUCCUCUCCAUAUCCAACCGGGGCUUCCAUGUUUGUUUCUCCUCCUCCUUCCAGCAAACUGAAACAUUCCCGCAGCUGGACCGCCAUAUCCCCACAAGGCCCUACACCCCGCAGCAGCAGGGGCUUGAGCUCAGUGGAGGAGAUUGGCGAGUGGGCAGGCAAGGAGGUGAAGAGGCCCUCUCAUGCCUCCCUUGAGCAUUUGAACUUCUACAAGAGGACCAGGCCCACAAGAGACUCCAGAGAGCUAAGCAGCCCAAAGAAAACAGGGGAGACAUUUCCUAAAGCCAAAGAGCAACAUCACAGUCCCAAAAAGACUGAGAGCCAGGCACAGGAUGAAGCACUGAGCAGGAAAAGAACAUCUCAGAAACAGGCGAACACACAACCCACGAGCCCCAGGAAGAGUACACAAGCUGGACGGCAAGUGGCUCCAACCCUGCAGCGCACAGAGCAACAACAAGGACCUCAGAGGAGAUUAAAAGACUCAUCCAGCAGAGAGAGCUUGGAUCAUGAAAAGAAAAACAGCAAAGGAGGGACUCUCGAGAUCAGAAGACACACUCAAGGAAGGGAGGAGGAAGGGAGAAAAGAUAGAACAAGGUCUGCCCGAGAGCAAGAAAGUUCUCAAAGAAGGAUGGAGGGAGAUUCUUCGCGCUACAAGAACCCUCCUCACACAGGGAGACCGACGGAGAAAGGUACAAGUAAAGACCCGAGGCUCAGAGAUGUUAAUGGGAAGAGCAAAUCUACAGCAGAGAGGAGUAUGAGUAAAGAGUCCAUCAACAAGAGGGAGUCACUGUUGUCUUUUAAAGGCAUUUUGAGUAGGAAGGGGUCUGUUGUUUCACCAAAAGGAACAGAAGACACAAAUGCAUUUUCCAAAGAAGCCAGAGUACGGGGAGACUUUGUGGCCUCUAUAAACAGUUUGCCAGGGACCCCGCAGAGUCCUAAAGGACCUCUAAGCCCCGGCCCUUGGAAAGUGCCCAGCUCAGCCAAAAUCCUCUCUGAGGCAGAAGUCCUUCGUGACCCUUUGUGAUAAAAUAUUGAAUCACCCAGACUUGAGCUGUGCCAUGGAAUAUUUAACAGCAACCCUCAGUGGAUUGUUUUUCUGAGUUCAUCCAUAAAAACAGAGAAGUGCAACCCCUGUGCCACUUUUAUUACCUUUGGACCAGAUCUGUCUUUUUGACGAGGUCUUUUUUGGGAGUCCUGUGACAUCACUUGUGGCAUGUAGCAGCUCCCCUCUGCCUUGUCCGCUGCUUCAGCAAUCUUUGAUGUGGGGUUAAAGCAUGUGCGGCAUGCUCAGGGGCCUUGCCAGAAAAGAUUUUUUUGAAAUGUGAAUAUGUGCCAAUCCUGGGAGCCUCCUGUGGAACUACGACUACCAACAGCGCUUCACCCAUUACAAUGCAAUGACCCAUAUGCAAAGAAAGGCCUCUUGCCUGUAGUAUACACCAAUUGUGACUCUCACCUAGGGUUUAAUUUGCUCUCGGUCUCAUUGUGGAAUACUUUGACUUGUCUUUUUUCUUAAAAGUUUGCUCAACUGCAUGCAGUCGAACCUUCUGUUUGUUUUUCUGCACGUGUUCUGCACAUCACUGAGGAUGAUCCAGUUUCUUGUUUCUAUUUCUCACUCUCAACACCAGGCAGAUUUCUUAUACAACCCAGCAAGCGUUCACUUCACCAGGGACUCUAGACUGUUCUAUGGUUAUAGUCAUGCCUCUCCUCCGUACAGACAGUAUCAUUUAAAAGACCAGAAACUUGUGGUUUGAGAUCUUGUUUACCAUGUGUAUGAUAACCAACCAGUGUGUAAUUUAUUGAGAUAAUAAAUUAAUAUGUGUAUAUGUAGCUGUACCAAGCCAUUCCACAUUUUUAUAUAGACUUCAAAGAUUUGUCCCAUGUUAUUUGAGCUCUCAUCUACCUUCCAAUGUUAUUCAGUGGUAGGACUUACCAUGGAUCUUGUAGUUCAUGAACUGAAUAGGUAAUGUGCAAACUGCUGUACGAAAUGUUUGCAAUCGCUCAAAACGUGUCUCAUUGUGAAAUAUAAUAUAAUAUAUAUAUUUGAAUGUGUCAUGUUUUGCAGAUUCUAACUUUUAAAUAUCUAUUGAAUUCCAUUGCACUGCAUCUGCCCUUGUAGCAAAACAGAAUGACCAUGAGUCGUAUUUAAUUCGUGAUGUUGACUUUCGACCAUGCAUUGCCGUUUUAUUUCUUUUUUUGUUUGUUUUAUGAUUUCUGAUUUUAUAAAGAUAUAAGAGGGUUUUCAGUGUGUGUUUUUGUCAAUCCUGCUGUGUGAUUUUGUGCCAGAGUAGCGUGAAGGAUAAUGGAGCUCUGAGAGUGAUGUGAUGGCUUAGACAGAUAUUAAGAAUGCUGCUGAUGAAAGAUGGGUAUACAGGGAUCCAGUAUAUUUUAAGGGGAUAAUGGAGUUGAUGGCUUUAAAAUACGCAAACACAAACAUUGGGUCAGUGAAAAUGAGUCAAAAGCUGUGUUUCCACCAAAUGUAGGUAGAACUAUUCAUACUGGGAGCCACUUUUCAUUGGAUUAACAUUAACUUUUGUUUUUAACAUUUGUUUCCACAAAGUCUAAAGACCCAUGAACAUUUUGAAAAUUAGACUGCUCGGUAUAAUAGAGCCAUCUGAGCUCUGCAGGAACAAAACCAAUCAUAGAUACUUAUAACUGCAAGUCCCAGCUGCAAGGUCCCUCUAUUUUCUGAAAGCACUUAGUCCAAAGCAGGGACCUUUCUGAGAGCAGAGUGAGUCCCAAGUUUCUGGAGUGGAAAUGCAGCUUUAGUCUAAUUUAUGGAAUAUGCUAACUGCUAAGUUGUGUUUUUACCCAAACUGCCUAGAGGUUUCAGUUCCUUGUGCUACUUUUCAAGGGACUGCAAGGUCUAUCUAGCCCAUUGUUGUCAGCUUUUCCUCUAGGGUCCAGAGACUAGUCAACAUUUGGUAGUCUGCUGAGUCUUUAUAGACUUUGAGUACCCAGCUAACCUCUAAGUCCCGCCCCAAAGUUGCAGUUUGUUCAGAAGGUAUUGAGCACCUAGUAGGAACCUUUACAGGGUUUAAUUAAGUCCCAGAAACUUAAUUUACAACCUGAUCCUUGCAGUGGAAAUGCACUUAGUGUCUCUUUUAGUUUCAAGUCCAGUAGGAACAUAUUGGAAGUGGAAAUGCAGCUAUAGCCUUGUUCAAUGUUAGGCUGAAUUUCUAAUAGAAGUACUCAUUAUUAUUAGUUCCAGUGACUACUCUGGGGUGGUUAAAGGGUUCCUCUUGUCAACUAAAACUUGGCAAUCACUCUUUAAAAAUGUGAAUGUUUGAAAAAAUCUUCUAAAUGCUGUGUUUAUUCUAUCUGUCAGAAAUGAUCUGCGCUAAAAGCCCCGCCCCCAAAGUCCAACUCUUUUAAGACAGCACUACCCAUUCUGCUGGAACCUUUUGGGGCAUAAAACAAUAUAAUAAAGUCCACAAGAAGUCUAAAGGAAAAUGUAGUUUCUGGGACUUAAUAUUACUCCAUGUACUAAGAACCUGGUCCUGCAGUGGAAACAUCAGAGUACCUCCAAAAGUUUGAAGUUCGUGGGGAAAGUUCUGGCAGUUGAAACACAGAUUUUGUCUCAUUUCACUGCUACUCCAUUGAAUUUUUUAAGCUUCUGCUCUAAAACCAGAAAAACUAAAUACUAAAGAUACCUGCUGACACAACUACUAGAGAUUAAGAUAUAUAUUCAGAUGAGCUCAGGGAACACAGCAUAGUAGCAAAUGUGCAUCACUGUGGGUCAAGUCAAUAUCAGUAAAAGUUAAAGGGUGGAUACAUUCUGUGAUUGACGAUGACAUGAGCCUGUGAUUGUAAACGGGUGUUUUCAGGUUAUAAAUCCCUUGAGGAUGUGCCAUGAGCCCAUCUGUGGUAGGUUUUGUGCAAUAGUUUGGUUGGUUGAAUGAGUAAAUCCAACCUUGAGAGUCAGGUACAUGCUGUUCACUCUGGUAAAACAGAUAAUACCCUUUUUUGUAUGCCCCCUGCACUUUUGUUCUACUUAUAAUGCUUUUAUUUUCACCGUUUUGUAUCUCAUUUCUGUAUCAUACUGUGGCCUUGCAUCGCUUCAUUAGAAAACAAUCCUUGUGGUUUCUUCUACAUUCUGUAGGGACAGUAGAUGUAAAUGUUUGUACAUUGUAUAGCACCUUUAUAAAUACUUGCUGAGUGCUCUUUCUGGGGGAAAAAAAUAGAGGUAUAUUAAAUCGCUCCAUUAUUUUUUUAUGUAAAAAAGGAGAAAACAUUUAAAAAUGGAUUGAAAAGGAUAGACUAUGACCUUGACAUGGUGUUCUGUUCAUGCACUGAAAAAUAAAGUUUUACUGAAAAUA